GCAUCGAGGAAGGUGCCGAAUAGGACGACCUUUCGUACCUCUGUGGCUUUGUCUCGCCAUUUCUCUCUCCGUGACUCCUUCCAUCUCCACGACCUUCUCCUCCUUUCCAUUUCUGCACAUUCGAAUCUGUCUCAGCCGUGCGACCCCGCCGCCUCCCACGAACUAUUCUUCCACCCGCGUAAUCUGCUUUUGGUUCUUCGCUGGUUUUCUCCUCCAAAGAUUGGAUCCUUAUGGUUCGUUAGCUGCCGGUGUUCCUGCGAUGGUGCUCGUCGCCGACGAUCCGGUGGCGGAGGGAGAAGAGGUGGAGACGGAACCCUCGGUGGAGUUGCUCGUGAGAGAGCCUCGGCAUUCCCGAGCCCAUUUUCCCGGCGCGGUGCGGCAAAAAGCCUAUCUCUUUGACGGAUUGGGAGGCUACUUCAACAAAGAAUGGGAUUUGAAGGAAGGCAGUGGGAUAGAGUUCUGUUGGUAUCAGUUGGAGCUCCCAAAGGGGAACCAGAAGUUGGCUGUCUCUGCUCAGUAUCUUAUCGAUGUGCUAUGCCCCCCAUUGAAGCUCCAAGACAUCCUAACCCUCAUCAGCAAUGGCCCCUUCUGUGGCCACGUUGACGGCGCCCUCGUCUUCCGGGUGAAUUCUCCUGGUCCGGCGACGAGUAGUUUCACCAUGAGGCUGGCUGCCAGGGUGACCAAGAACUCUGUCAUAACGGUGAGCCUUGGGCGGGUUCCAAGAUUGGGCUUUUCACCCACUGGGCAGUCGCUUCUGUCGGAGAUCCCUAGCAUUGAAGGCCCAGGUUUGACAAGGGAAGAGGAGGGUCAUGGUGGCAUUGUCAUCCAGGAACAUGUUCUCGAAUUUUUGUUGACAAUGAACCACUCGGAAGAGGCAGAUAAUCCUGUCCCGAAUAGAGUCUCUAACCUUGUUGUGCACAUCAUUGACACACAUGUCGACCAUGUCCAAGAUAUAGUGACAAAGCUUGAGAUGGAAUUGGAUUCAGUGGAACUAGAACUUGAUAAGGGUGGCUCUACAUUUAAGAAGCAAAUGCUAGAUGAUCGAAGAUUUCCCAAAAUGCAUUUGAAUCUACAGCGCCUACUCCAAGUUGUUUCUCACGGUGAGCAAGUAUUCCCGCGCGUGAAGGAGAAAUGUUCAACCAAAACUUGGUUUGCAAAUGAAGAUAUUGUUGCUCUUGAAGAAUUAAUAGGCCGUCUCAGGAGGCUAAAAGAGAAUUUGGGAUUCAUAGUAAAUCGGGUGACAGCAAUUCAAGCUGGUCUUGAUAGCUGGCAGUCAGAACAAAUAAAUCGAAAACUUUAUUAUCUUUCAUUCUUUUCUAUGAUCUUUCUUCCUUUAUCUAUUGUGACAGGAAUAUUUGGAAUGAAUGUCGGUGGUGUGCCAUGGACAGCCCAGAAAGAUCCAGGGCUGGAAGAGGGAUUUCGCAACGUCAUGAUCCUCUGUGGCUUGAUUGUCUUUCUGAUUCUAAUCAUUGUUUCUUUUCCUCUGCUUUAUGCGCGGAUAAGUUCUUGGCGAAGGCAGCAUGCUAUGAGGAGGAGUUGGUCAAUGAAUAGAAAGUCCUUCUUGAGCAGGACAUUUGCACGCGGCGGACUGCAGGGGGGAGGUUAUAUUCGCAUAUGAAAAUCCAUAUAUCUCAUAAUUGACAUCACCAUCUGUAUUCUCUCUGGAUUCGAGCUGCUGCAAAACAUAGAUGUAUUGGAAAAGGUUGUGGUAUGGAAUUAGUAUCAGUGCGAAGCUCUGAAGUGAAAUCCAUCUGCAAAGUAGUUUCAAGGAGGAAGAAGGUUACAUCUGCACAACAUUCAAGUUUCUGAAUAUGAUCCAUGUCAAUUGCCCUAACCUUUCCAGCCAGUCCUAUAAACCUCUGCAAUGAAUCCUUUUUGUGCCAGUUUCACCGCCGUAGAACAACAAUAUCUCCAUAAGACUAUUGAAUUGCAUCCACAACAUUCCCAAACAUUUUCAGUUUGGCUCACAAACACCAUGCUCUGGAGCUCAACAUAUUGUUUCAUCAUCUCCUUCUUGAGCUGAGCUUCUCUCUCUCUUCAGCUUUUUUUUUACUGACAAUUGAAAGCAUUAGGUCUAAUUUCAGAAAUGUUGUGUUUAAUUCAUUGAAACUAUCUUUAGUACAACUGUUAUGUACCUAGAGUAGACAAAACUUUGUAUUUGUCAUCGUUUUUUUCCCCCCUUCAACAGUGAAAUAUAUCCAUUCAAAUUUUAUAGUGACUGUCAUUUUUACAGUGCUAA